AAAUUGUCUGGUUUUUGGUGAGAGCCUCUGCUCCGAUACGGGCAUCUUUCGACUCACGUAUCUACUGGUAGCACGUAUAGUAUAAAGGGUAGGAAUGUCAACCACAAAGCCGCAUUCAACCAGCAUUGAAACCAACCAUGGCACCCUUCACCGAGAUCCAAAUCCCUUUCGCUGUCCCCGAUGUGGACAAGCCAUGCUUCACCUACUGCAAGAUCUUUGGCAACCUCAAGACGACGCAGAAACGCCCACUCGUCGUCGUGCAUGGCGGCCCGGGGAUGAACCACGACUACCUUCUACCUGUCGCCGACCUUGCAGACGAUGGGGUGGUCGUUAUUUUCUAUGACCAGUUUGGUGGCGGCCGGUCAACGCAUCUGCCUGAGAAGAACGGCGACACCAGUUUCUGGGUAGAAGAACUGUUCCUGACCGAGUUUGACAAUGUCGUCCGCCACUUGGGCAUUCAAGACGACUACAACGUACUCGGACAGUCGUGGGGUGGAAUGCUCAUGGGCCGUUGGGCGAGCCGCCAGCCGAAGGGGUUGCAUCGGCUUGUGAUUGCGAACAGCCCGGCGAGCAUGGAACUCUGGGUGGAGGCGGCGAACUAUCUGUUGGCACAGCUGCCACAGGACGUGCAGGAUACAUUGAAUAAGCACGAAGAUGCAGGCACGACGGACUCUCAGGAGUACAAGGACGCGAUGCAGAUCUUCUACGAUCGCCACGUGUGCCGCAUAAAGCCGAUGCCUGAGGAAGUUGCCAUUGGCUUUCGCAUGCUUGACGAAGACUCAACGGUCUAUUCCACCAUGAACGGCCCCUCCGAGUUCCACAUCACUGGUCCUCUGCAACACUGGAGCAUGCUCAACGAUGCGCAUAAAAUUGCGGUUCCGACACUGCUUAUCAACGGUCUUCAUGAUGAGGCGCGCGACAGUGUCGUCGCGCCAUGGUUCCAGCGCAUCCCGAAAGCGCGCUGGUUCACCUUCCCGAAUUCAAGCCAUAUGCCGCAAUUUGAGGAGAGAGAGAGGUAUGUGCAGGUUGUUCAGGAGUUUUUGUAUGGGCCGUACUCGCGGUAGGACCUUCGAAGUACGGUGAUGUGACUCUUGUUGAAAGUACUAUUAUUACCUCGAGCGAUCGCUAAACAGGGGAUGCUCCAUCAACCCUCUCGUCGCAUUCCGGAUGUGUCGUAAGUUUGCUCGUCCUCAUCUCUGGUUAAUUUACACUUGUCAGAAUUCUACCCCAAACUCAACGUUUGUUGCGUUCGUGAUCCAAGUUUCCCCCUCCUCUUCAGCUCUAUUCCUGC